UUCACGAGCUAACUUCCUACAUACAAAUAUGGGACUGCACAGACCGCUGUCGCAAAACAACUUUUGUAUAUGCAUUCUUUCGCUAAUACAAUUUAGAAUGUCGAAGUCUCCUUUUUGUGCUUUGAACAACGAACCAUAUCGCGUGAUUCACGACAGACAACGGCGGUGUUUCACCGUCAGACUGGAACACGAAGGUACCGUGGACAGCGCGAUGCUAAAAUACACGUAUAAGAACGACGGUCACGUUCACUUACUGUCAACUGUGGUUCCAGGGCCCUUCAGAGGUAAAGGUGUAGCAGCACAUCUAGCAAAGGCAGCACUGGACUUUGUGAUUGAAGAAAGAUUAAAAGCCAGCAUCUCAUAUUCAGUUCUCAGUGGUCAGCACAUGCUUUCCUAUUGGAGAAUGGAAAAGAUGUCACUGCACACUAUGUAAAUACUACAAGUAGGUGCUAAGUUUGGUGAGUAAAAUAUGUAUGUUACAGAUUUCUAGAUCAAGUCAAAUUUAUAGAUCCCUAAUGAGCGAGCCAGAGGCAACAGUGUCACAGGAAAAUUCCAUGGUCAGAUUAAGGAAGAAACCUUGGGAAGGUCAAGACUCAAGAGGGAAUCCACCCUCCUUGAAUGGCCCAGCUAAUAAACAGUCCAUGCUUGAUUACAUUAUCUUCAGUCCAAGUAGCCACUUCAGUAUAGAUGUGGGAUUUAUGGUUACGCAUUGUGGGCAUGUGACGUGUGAUCAAGGGAUGAAAACCACAGACAAAAGUAUCUGUCCGAAAAUCAGACAACUUUUAAGGUCCCUGCAGAAAAUGUCGAAUAUAAGUGUAGCCACAAACUCUGUGCUACUCAGGUCAUGGGGUGGGUGGAAAGCCACUCCACGAAGCCCCUCCACUCAUUUCAUUUUACUCUCAUAUAUCUCGUGUGGGGUCGUUAAUGAUGCCAACUAGCAGAUAUUUAAGGAAACAAUGUAAGGAGCUAUGCAAACUUUGCCUUAAUACUAAUCCCAGUCUUCAGAACUAACAUUAACCCUAACCUGGAUUAAAAUGGCAUAAACAUCAUUUGCUUAUUGUUUGAAAGUGAUACGUGUUCAUAUGUGUAUAUAAAUAUAGAUGGGGUGCCUUUUUAAACAGAAGUAAUCCCAGUCAUGGUAUAAGUGUUACUAUGAAUAAAAAUAAGUCUUUGUCCAAAAAGCCCUACAAAUACAAAUUCAUUUAUUCCAUUAAACUAUAAUCUAUAGUCUUGCAGCCAUAAUAAAUAAUUAAUUAAUGCAUUAAUUAAUUUAUCAGCAUUAAUUAAUCAGCAUUAACAUAAUAUUAUAAUUUUUAUAGUUUGUAGAUGCCAUGCUUGGGGAUUUUCACACACAGACCAUUCACAUAUAUUCCACAUUCACAUAAAUUCCCACUGUUUUCUUCAUGGCAUUGGUGCUGUCCUGGUCUUAAGCUCCUCCCCUUCCCCUGCACCCCAGUCCCCCAGGAGGCUUCCAUUGAGAGUACACUAUGUGGAAAUUGGCUGCCAAUUCUCAUCAGUGUGUGAGUGAUUGUAAAAGCUAAUAUAUAUCUGUAAAAUGUCCUUGACUAUUAGAAAGGUGCUAUAUAAAUGUAAAUAUUAAUAAUAAUAAUCACCAUCAUCAUCAUUGUAGCUUGUGUGUUCGGUGACGGCAGGACCUCAAAGUGCAUUAACAUACCCAUUAUGUUGUACAAAUAACAGCUUAUAAAGACUCUACAUUUUAUCUGAUAUACCAGUCAUGACUGAUGCAGUUACAUCAAUUCACAUAAAUGUCAUAGUAAAUUUAAGCAUUGCCAUGAAAUAAUUAAUUAUAAGUGUUGUCAGCACUGCUGAUUAGGAAUCGUUUUUGCAAAGAAGAUAAUGUAGGUAAAGUUUUACUAUUACUCCCAGCAUUUUAAAAAAAUAAAUACAUCACCCCAAAACUGCUGCUGUGUCUGGCAUGAGUAUGGCACUGACCGGUGAGUACGGACCUGACCACUGACCACUGUACUGACCAGUAAGCACGGUACUGACCAUUGAGUACUAUACUGACUAGUCAGUGAGUAUUGUACUAAACUGAG